GAUUUGAAACGACACUAUUAAAUGUUCAGCGUAAACAUGCUGCAGUAAAUUCAUAGUUAUUUAAAUAUAAGCAUAUUGUGGACUCAGAUAUAAGGCCGCUGAUGACACGGAACCAAAUAUGGGAAAACCACCGGGCUGGAGGGGCACAUUUACUGAUGGACUCAUUUCCGCUACAGGAACUGCAGCAUGAAGAAGGAGCAAGUCGUCCACUGUCAGUUUUCGGUCUGGUAUCCGAUAUUCAAGAAGCUCACCAUUAAAAGUCUGAUUCUCCCGCUGCCUCAGAAUGUAAUAGAUUAUUUAUUGGACGAUGGCACACUGGUAGUCUCUGGGAGCGACCACAACACACAGCGGACCCAAACCAACAGCAGCGACUCCGACGGGGAAGAAGACAUUCAGUGGUCAGAUGAUGAAACAACCACCACUGUCACAGCUCCUGAGUUCCCAGAAUUCACCUGUAAAGUUCUGGAGGCCAUAAACGCACUGGGCGGCCGCGUUUUCCCCAAACUCAACUGGAGCGCUCCGCGGGAUGCUAACUGGAUCGCUCUGAACAGCUCCCUGCAGUGUCAGAGCCUCAGCGACAUUUUCCUGCUCUUCAAAAGCUCAGACUUCAUCACCCACGACCUCACACAGCCGUUCGUGCAGUGCAGCGACCUCGACUCGCCUGACCCCGUCAUCAACUAUGAGCUGGUCCUGAGGAAGUGGAGCGAGCUGAUUCCUGGCGGGGAGUUUCGCUGCUUCGUCAAAGAAAACAAACUCAUCGGUAUUUCCCAGAGGGACUACACUCAGUAUUACCAGCACGUGUGUGUGCAGGAGCAGCAGAUCUGUCAGGCCAUCCAGGAUUUCUUCAGUCAGCACAUCCAGUACAACUUCCUGGACGAAGACUUCGUGUUGGACGUGUACAGAGACAGCCGGGGGAAGGUGUGGCUGAUCGACCUGAACCCGUUCGGCGAGGUGACGGACUCGCUGCUGUUCACCUGGGACGAGCUGACGUCCGGAAACAGCCUGUCAGCCAAUCAGGACGAAGGAGAGACCGCCCAGCAACAGGAGGGUCCGGCGUUCCGCUACACCACCAGCGAGGUGACGGUGCAGCCGAGUCCCUGCCUGAGCUACAGGAUCCCUCGAGACUUUGUCGACCUCUCCACCGGCGAGGACGCCUACAAGCUCAUCGACUUCCUCAAACUGAAGAGAAGCCAGCAGGAGGACGGUGAGGAAGAGGAAGAGGAGGAGGAGGAAGAGGAGGAGGCUCGGCAGUGACAGGCCGAGCCGGUGCGACGCUCCCACGUUCCCCCUGAAACAGGAGCCACCGGCGCCUCCACGCUCUCGUCUCUGUGCAUGAAGUCCAUCUCUCUCCCUCUCAUUCUUACCUUCAUUUUUAAUCUUAAUUUUUUUUAAUCUUUGUACUUGCACUCCGGGGAGUGGUACCGAUUGUGCCGGGUGUGUGUGUGUGUGUGUGUGUGUGUGUGUGUGUGUGUGUGUGUGUGUGUGUGUGUGU